CCGUAUCUUAGGUGUAAAAUCAUCCCUGGUCCUAAACUUCCCAUUUCAAUCCUGAUUUCAUUCUCUUAGCUCAAGCAUUGUGUGUGUGAUGGAGCAAUACAAUCAAACAAUUGCCCUGGAGUUCGUGUUUCUGGGAUUUUCCAAAGAUCAAGACACCAACCUGUACCUCUUUGCAGCGGUCCUUUUCAUGUACCUCAUCACCCUGACAGGUAACACACUCAUUAUCGUGGCCAUCCACAUAGACCCACGGCUCAGCACACCCAUGUACUUCUUCCUGAGCUAUCUGUCCUUCCUGGACAUCUGCUACACAACAAGUGUGGUGCCUCAGUUGUUAAUCCAUUUCCUUACUAGCUACAAAACCAUCUCCUACAACAGGUGCAUGGCUCAGCUCUAUCUCUCAUUCGCCUUUGGAAGCAUUGAAUUUAUCCUCUUGGCAGCCAUGGCUUAUGACCGAUAUGUGGCUGUCUGUCAUCCGUUGCAUUACAAGGUCAUCAUGAGCAGGACAGUGUGUGUGCAGUUGGUGCUAGCAUCCUGGACAGCUGGAUUUCUCAAUGCUCUCCUGCAUACGGUGUUCACUGUGCGCCUUCACUUCUGCAGCUCCAACAUCAUCAACCACUUUGCCUGUGAAGUCCUGGCUGUUAUCAAGAUUGCUUGUUCAGACACUUCUGUCAAUGAGAUUCUGUUUCUGGUGACAGGGUCCAUUGUGCUGGUGAUCCCCUGUAUCGUGGUCACACUUUCCUACGUCUAUAUAAUCCGUGCUAUCCUACUUAUCCAGUCUUCAGGAGGUCGUCAGAGAGCCUUCUCCACAUGUACCUCUCACCUGACGGUGGUCGCCCUCUGCUAUGGCACAGCAAUCUUUGCUUACAUGAGCCCCAAAUCCAACACUUCGCCCAACCAGGACAAGAUGCUGGCUUUCUUCUAUGCAGUUGUUACUCCGAUGCUCAAUCCUAUAAUCUACAGCCUAAGGAACAAGGAAGUCAAAGGAGCCCUGGCUAAAACAACAGGGAAAAAUAUCAUUUCUGAAAGUCAUUGA